UUACCUUGAAGUGUGCUGACUUUGAGGUGACGAUGCGCGGAGUCGCCAUGGUUUUGUUGUUGCCGAUGCUGGUGUGGGCAGGGUCAGAAUGCAAGGCUCGCUGCCGUCUUACCAACAUCUCCAUCACCGUGGAGAGCGAUGAGUGCGGCAGCUGCAUCACCAUCAACACCACGGCCUGCGCCGGCCUCUGCCAGACCCAGGUACAUCUGUAACAUUUUCAGGAGAGAGCAUACCGCAGCCCAAUGGCGCCGUACUUCCAGAACACCUGUAAUUUCAGGGACUGGACGUAUGAAACCAUCCAGCUGCCAGGCUGUGCUCCGGGGGUUGACUCGUCCUUCACCUACCCUGUGGCUCUGAGCUGUGAGUGCAGCCAGUGUAACACAGAGAUCACAGACUGCGGCGCUUUCAGCAUGCAGCCGAGUAGCUGCGACACACACGCCUACUACUGAACCAAGUCGCAUCAGCUCGGCCAACAGCCCAAAGCUCUCAUAGCAAUCUGGACCGCUUUCAGCAUCUUAAAAUUAUUUUUGAAAUAUUGUGUAACAACGGGUUUCAUCCUUUACAUUAAUUAUCCUAUCUCACCAUUAUCACUGACACACAACUUUACAAAUAUGAAAUACAAAUAAAAAUAAAUAAAUGAGAUACAAAUAUGAAAUAAAUAAAAAAAGAAACCCACAGUUUGAUACCUUAUACUACAAAUUAGAUACAGGCCUGUUCUGUUUGUCUGUGUGACCCUGAACAUCGUGAAGGACAUGAUGUGCUGUUGCUCAGCAUCACCUGUGCAUGUAAACACAACUUCAUUAAAACAGCUCACAUGCAGCAUUAGCAUCUUCUAUUUGUUUCUGUAACACAGCAGCUGCUUCCAGACUCCACACACACAUACAGACACA